AUGUAUAUGAACAUAAUCUCCCAAGUCAAAGAUGAUGGAAGCGUGGAUCAUAAGUUUAGUGUGUGGAGGCUAUUGCUAAAGGUCGGCGAGUGGGAACUAGUUUCUGAAAUGACCGGUUUCGAUUAUUUUCCGCUGGCGAUAAACCCUUUUGAUGGUAAUACAGUUUACUUGUGGAGCGAAACGCAAGAAUGUUUGGCAUCUGUAAGCUUGCGCAAUGGGAAUUUUGAGCUUCACAAUGAGCUGGAAUGUAGCAGCAAUGGUCAGACUCUGAGCUCUGUUCAAUGCAAUCGAGAGAUGGACACAGAGAAAUCUCGUUUUUCCAUGUUUGUUCUUCCUCGGUGGCUGUAUCGGAUCCCUCGCCCGCCACGCUGA